GGAUAGGGCAGGACAGUACUAGGUAGCUAAGGUAACUAAUUUAGCCCCAUCGGCAGGCACUGCGGGGCGUCCCCUGCUCAUCGCAAGCUCCCGCAACAAUCACAAGCUUUCCUCCAUCGUCAUCCAAACAAACCUAUGUACGACUACGUAGGUACUCAACAACGAAGCCUCAACAACCGCCGUGGCCCCCAUAUCACAGACCUCGUAUCACAGGAACCAGUAUAUCUUACACCAAUCACAACAUUUCUCAAGCGUCACACAACAGAACAAUACAUACACCCGCGCGCGUCCUACCACCCAAUAAACACCCUAUUUCAUCCCGCGGCAACAAACAAAUAAAACAAAGGACAAUGGCCGACCGCGCACCGCCCCCGAGCCUCCGCCCAGGCACAUCCCGACUCACGCGCGCAGCGACGAGCGCAACAGGAGUCCGCCGAAACCUCUUCCAGAGCCGCCGUCCAACACCAGCCGAGAUGUCGCGAGCAGGCGCCAACAGCAACAGCAACGGCGGUAACAGCAACGCCGCUAACAACCACAACAACAACAAUAACAACAACCACCACCAUAACCCACCGCCGUUGACGACAUCUUCCUCGACGAAUUCCGCCGAGACGCUCCGUCUGGACCUCGACGUCUUGUCCGAGACGUCGGAGAUCGUGAUCCGCGACCAGAACGGCGAGUUCGAGAUGGAGGACCCUCCCACGCCGCCUCUUGACGACGCGGACGACGAGGGCGCGCUCGACGAUGCGCAGGAGAAUGAACGAGAGAGACAGAAACUAGCAGAGGCCGUUCGACAUCAUCAAAUCAACCACACGCGCAUGCCGGUGCAACAUGAAGAGAUCCUCGAUACGCUCAAGGCAAGCAUGAGAGCCAAAGUAGCCGCCUUGGCCGAGGACAACUGGAUGUACGAGGCCGAAGAACCACCGCGCGUGCACUGAACAACAACAUCGUGUCGGAAAGGAUAGAUACCGUCCGUCGUAUUUUCUAU